CCUAUCGAUACCGACAGGUUAAUCAGACUAAUUAAAUUGUAAAUUAAAAGGAAAAACUCGCUUAUUACAAAUCAUGGCCACUUUGGAGGACAAGUUACUGGGCGAGAAGCUGGAGUACUACUGCAGCAGCAGCGAGGGCGAGGACAAUGGCGACGAGGGUGACGAUUCGAAGGGGGCUUCCGGGAAGUCCCGAUCCUCCGGCCUGACGGUCGACACAAAUCCGGAUGCGACUCCGGCUGGCGGCUACCGGCAGCAGCAGGGCUCCACGAACACGGGUCCCAAGGGCGUGGUCAAGGACUGGCAGCGAUUCAAGCAGCUGGAGGCGGAGCGCCGGGACGAGACGGAGCGCCAGCGUCUGGCGCUGGCCAAGAAGCUCACCAUUACCACGGCCACCUCGGCGGAGGAUGAGGAGCGCAAGCGGCAGGAGGAGCUGGACGCCGAGCUGGAUGAGCUGAUGAGCGAGGAGUUCCUGCAGCAGUACCAGAAACAGCGGAUGGCCGAGAUGCUCCGGCAGAUGGGGCACCACCAGCAGUUCGGAAAGGUGCAGCAGUUGACCAGCCACGGGGAGUUCCUGGCCUGCGUGGAGGAGGAGAACAAGCACACCACCAUCAUCAUCCACAUCUACGAACGCCAGCUGGCCGCCUGUGCCACCCUGAACAAAUGCCUGGACAGCCUGGCCAGCGACUAUCCGUCCAUCAAGUUCGCCAAGAUCUGCAGCUCUGUGGCCGGAAUGAGUCGGGAUUUCCGCACCAAGGGAUUGCCAGCGCUCCUGGUUUAUAAGGCCCAGGCGGUCAUAGGGAACUUUGUGCGGCUAACCGACGACCUCAGCGACGACUUCUUCGCCUCCGAUGUCGAGAGUUUUCUCAUCGAGCAUGGCAUUUUAGUGGACAGAGCUCUGUACAAUUAAGCUAUUGGUUAAAGCCCCAUAAACUGACAAGUAACUUAAGAGGCAUAUUUCAUGGCUGAGUAUUAAAAACCCAAAGUUUUAUACUCCAAAAUCCGAAUGUAGCGUAUAAAUUGAUACUACUAAGGA